UGCUCUCAGGGCUGCUUUUAGCUUCGUGUUUUCACUUCCUUCUCCUCAGAGCUGUAUCCGGGUCGCUGCUUUCUCUAUUGUCUGAGGAAGGCGGCCUCGCGCUGUGCAAUUUCUGGGUAUUUUGUUGCUUUUGGUGCAGGCUAAUAAAGUUUUUCUUUCUUUAAUUUUUUUCUUCUAGUUUUAACGGGAGAAAUUAACUCCCUAGAGCCGCCGGGGAUUGGCCGCGCUGCCUGAGCCGGAGAGCUUCUCCGGCCGGGGAGCGCCGUGGGAAGGGGCUCGAGCGACCAGGGCCUGGCGAGGCCGGGAGUGUGGGAUGGGGAGGGGGCGGGGGACUUAGGGGACGGCGGGGCUACUCUUGGGAGCGCCCCUGUCCCGCUGGCGGCGCGCGGGUUUUAAAUAGCGUCUUUCGGACUUGUCUCCGCGGCCGCAGUCCCCGACCUCGGCGCUGCCUGGGCUCCCGCAGCCUCUCCCUAAGUCUCCAAACGACCACCUCACGGAUUCCUUAUGGAUCGCAGCUCCAAGAGGAGGCAGGUGAAGCCUUUGGCAGCUUCUCUGCUGGAAGCUCUGGAUUAUGAUAGUUCAGAUGACAGUGAUUUUAAAGUUGGAGAUGCCUCAGAUUCUGAAGGGAGUGGUAAUGGAAGUGAAGAUGCUUCAAAGGACAGUGGAGAAGGUUCCUGUAGUGAUUCUGAAGAAAAUAUUUUAGAAGAAGAACUGAAUGAAGAUAUUAAAGUAAAAGAAGAACAACUUAAAAAUUCUGCAGAGGAAGAAGUACUAUUAUCAGAAAAACAAUUAAUUAAAAUGGAAAAGAAGGAGGAAGAAGAUAAUGGAGAAAGACCUAGAAAGAAAAAGGAGAAAGAGAAGGAAAAAGAAAAGGAAAAGGAGAAAGAGAAGGAAAGAGAGAAGGAAAAAGAAAAAGCAACAGUAUCUGAGAAUGUGGCUGUUUCUGCUACUGCCACCACACUAGCCACAAGUCCUCCUGCUGUUAACACAUCCCCUUCUGUUCCUACUACAACAACUGCUACAGAGGAACAAGUCAGCGAGCCAAAAAAAUGGAACCUGCGACGAAACCGACCACUUCUGGAUUUUGUGUCCAUGGAAGAACUGAAUGACAUGGAUGACUAUGACAGUGAGGAUGACAAUGAUUGGCGACCUACUGUAGUGAAGAGAAAAGGGAGAUCUGCAUCUCAGAAAGAGGGAAGUGAUGGAGACAAUGAGGACGAUGAAGAUGAGGGAAGUGGGAGUGAUGAAGAUGAGAAUGAUGAAGGCAAUGAUGAAGAUCAUAGUAGCCCUGCCAGUGAAGGGGGUUGCAAAAAGAAGAAGAGUAAAGUUCUUAGCAGAAACAGUGCUGAUGAUGAGGAACUGACCAAUGAUAGCCUGACCCUAUCUCAAAGCAAGAGUAAUGAGGACUCGCUGAUUCUUGAGAAGAGUCAAAACUGGAGUUCUCAAAAAAUGGACCAUAUUCUGAUUUGCUGUGUUUGUCUGGGAGAUAAUAGUGAGGAUGCUGAUGAAAUAAUUCAGUGUGACAAUUGUGGCAUUACAGUCCAUGAAGGUUGUUACGGAGUUGAUGGAGAGAGUGACUCUAUUAUGAGUUCAGCUUCUGAAAACUCCACUGAACCUUGGUUUUGUGAUGCCUGUAAAUGUGGUGUUUCUCCUAGCUGUGAACUAUGUCCUAACCAGGAUGGAAUUUUCAAGGAGACAGAUGCUGGAAGAUGGGUUCAUAUUGUUUGUGCCCUGUAUGUUCCUGGAGUAGCUUUUGGAGAUAUUGACAAAUUACGACCAGUAACACUAACGGAAAUGAACUAUUCCAAAUAUGGUGCCAAGGAGUGUAGCUUUUGUGAAGAUCCUCGCUUUGCUAGAACUGGAGUUUGCAUUAGCUGUGAUGCAGGGAUGUGCAGAGCCUAUUUCCAUGUGACCUGUGCUCAGAAGGAAGGCCUGCUUUCAGAGGCAGCGGCAGAAGAGGACAUAGCAGAUCCGUUCUUUGCUUAUUGUAAGCAACAUGCAGAUAGAUUAGACAGAAAGUGGAAGAGAAAAAACUACUUGGCUCUACAAUCCUAUUGUAAAGUGUCUUUGCAAGAGAGAGAGAAGCAACUAUCACCAGAAGCGCAGGCAAGGAUCAAUGCCCGACUUCAGCAAUAUCGUGCCAAAGCGGAGCUAGCUCGAUCCACCAGACCCCAGGCCUGGGUUCCAAGGGAAAAAUUGCCCAGACCACUCACCAGCAGUGCUUCAGCUAUUCGUAAACUUAUGCGGAAAGCAGAACUGAUGGGGAUCAGUACAGAUAUCUUUCCAGUGGACAAUUCAGAUACUAGUUCUAGUGUGGAUGGAAGGAGAAAACAUAAGCAACCAGCUCUCACUGCAGAUUUUGUGAAUUAUUAUUUUGAGAGAAAUAUGCGCAUGAUUCAAAUUCAGGAAAAUAUGGCUGAACAAAAAAAUAUAAAAGAUAAAUUAGAGAAUGAGCAAGAAAAGCUUCAUGUGGAAUAUAAUAAGUUAUGCGAAUCUUUAGAAGAACUACAAAACCUGAAUGGAAAACUUCGAAGUGAAGGACAAGGAAUAUGGGCCUUACUAGGCAGAAUCACAGGGCAGAAGUUGAAUAUACCAGCAAUUUUGCGAGCACCCAAGGAGAGAAAACCAAGUAAAAAAGAAGGAGGCACACAAAAGACAUCUACUCUUCCUGCAGUACUUUAUAGUUGUGGGAUUUGUAAGAAGAACCAUGAUCAGCAUCUUCUUUUAUUGUGUGAUACCUGUAAACUACAUUACCAUCUUGGAUGUCUGGAUCCUCCUCUUACAAGGAUGCCAAGAAAGACCAAAAACAGUUAUUGGCAGUGCUCAGAAUGUGACCAGGCAGGGAGUAGUGACAUGGAAGCAGAUAUGGCCAUGGAAACCUUACCAGAUGGAACCAAACGAUCAAGGAGGCAGAUUAAGGAACCAGUGAAAUUUGUUCCACAGGAUGUGCCACCAGAACCCAAGAAGAUUCCAAUAAGAAACACGAGAACCAGAGGACGAAAACGAAGCUUCAUUCCUGAGGAAGAAAAACAUGAGGAAAGAGUUCCUAGAGAGAGAAGGCAAAGACAGUCUGUGCUGCAAAAGAAGCCCAAGGCUGAAGAUUUAAGAACUGAAUGUGCAACUUGCAAGGGAACUGGAGACAAUGAAAAUCUUGUCAGGUGUGAUGAAUGCAGACUCUGCUACCAUUUUGGCUGUUUGGAUCCUCCUUUGAAAAAGUCUCCUAAACAAACAGGCUAUGGAUGGAUAUGUCAGGAGUGUGAUUCUUCAUCUUCUAAGGUAAGAAAACUGAGACUGGGGUCAUGUGCCUUUCACAAAGUCAAACCAAUAGUAAGUGCCAAAGCAGGAUUCAAAAAAGAUUUGUCUGACACCAAAGGCUGUACAUUUUCUGCUGUGCUCAUGUAGAUGUUUUAGGUAAGGCCAUCACAGUUGUUUUUAAAAGACAUAGGGUGCAUACACACACACUUUUUUAAAUACAUGCUUGAUUUGUCAUCAUUUGAUCUAAAGUCAUAUUGACUCAUUAUGGUCAGUACUGACUCAUCAUGGCAGACAAUUCCUGACUACAACUUAGGAGACAUAAAUUCAGAUUCUAUCAAUUGGCUAUGGGACUCUGGGGAAAUUCAUUAUGUAUUCUGGGAAUGGCUUUUCUAUCUACAGAAUUUGUUUUAAAUGGAUUGAGUAAUUUUUAAAUAAAAUACCUUCUAGCUCUCAACUCUUACGGCUCUUUAAAGAAAAAUAGUCUAGAAAUCUGUUGACAAUCUGUUGCAACUUACCUUGGCGUCUAAUUUAUCUUUUGAAUGCAAAUUACUUAUAUAUCAAUUUGCUCUUCUUAGAACUAUACUUGGUGGCCAGUAUUCCUUUUAAUCAGUCUUGAAAUUUAGGCAGAUAAAUAAAAGAAUGCUGAUAUGGAAUUUAAAAGUUGUCUUGAAUAAUCUGUAGUUUUAUUUUUUGUUAUCUAUUGAUGAUUUUCCUCAUGUGUGAAUAGAGAUCCUCACUGAAUUAUCUUGUUUAUAAUAGUGUUUCUAUUGAUUUUCUUGAUAUUUCUAAGUAUACAACAGAUAAGGAUAGUUUCACCUCUUAUUUUACAAUUUUUAUACUUCUUUCUCUUUUCUGCUUGUCUUGGCUAACACUCUAAAACAAGAUCAAAUGAUAGUGAUAUAUUUAUUGUUUCUUUAACUGGAAUGUUUCUAGUGUGUGAUGCUAGCUUAUGAGAUGAAAAACAUACUAAGUAUAACCUGGAUAAAUAUAUACAUGUAAUGGUGAAAAUAAAUUACAAGUUACAGAAGAUUUACAUGGCAUCAUACAUUCAUAUGAAGUGUUGACGUAUAGCAAUAUGCCAGGGAGUCAUUAAUAUUCAGUUUAUUGUAUUGGUCACAUCUGGUAAGAAGGAAGGGAAGACGAUGGGAUGGGGAAAAAACAUCCAGGAGAGUUACAAUAAGCAUUAGAAUGCUUGUGGUUAUUGUUAUUGUUUAUAGUUAGGGUUAUUGUUGUGCAGGAAGCAUUUUUCUUUUUGAGAUGGAAUCUUGCUCUGUCACCCAGGCUAGAGUGCAGUGGCACAGUAUCGGCUCACUGAAACCUCUGCCUCCCAUGUUCAAGUGGUUCUCCAGAGUAGCAGGGAUUGUAGGUACCCGACACUGUUGCUGGCUAAGUUUUGUAUUUUUAGUAGAGAAAGGGUUUCACCGUCUUGGCCAGGCUGGUCUCAAACUCCUGACCUCGUGAUUCACUUGCCUUGGCCUCCCAAAGUGAUGGGAUUACAGGCGUGAGCCACCGCACCCGGCCUGUGCAGGAAACAUUUUAUAACAAAAUAAUUUGAUAUGCUAAAGAAACAUAAAGGGUUCUUUCUAAGUUUGCUGGUUAUGAAGAAGAGAGGCAUAAACUGAACACAGGUUUGCCUUUCAAAUGUAUCAUUUUCUUGAGAAUGGAUAUCACCUCUGUUUGUUCUCCUCCCUGUCCUAAACAUAUGGUGCAUCAUACGAAUUCACUACAUUACUAUCAAAUGAAUAAAAAGAAGAAAGAAGGAAAGGAAGGAGCUAGGAAGGGGCAUUUUUAAAUUUCUUAUUCUUUCAUUUGCAUCAUUAAAUUUUUAAGUAAAGCUUAGUUUAAAUACUGCAUAAAGAUUUAUUUGUACAUUAAAAUCCUGUUUUUUCCAGAGAACAUGUUACCAAGUUUUCUGUACAGCUUUCUAGAAAUCGGCAUCUUGUUCAAUAUUUAUUGUGCUUUUUGUGGUAUGUGUGAAACGUAACAAAUUAAUUAUGGGGUGUAUCAUUUCCGUACUGAGUCCUCUGACAGUUAUUUAGACUACCUAGAUUCUAAGAGUUCAGACUGGUAUCAAAGUCUCAAAUGUCUGCUGUGGUUCACCUGUAUUCCUGCUUUCAUCAGUAUUUUGAAAUUCAGUAUGUCAGGAUUUCAAACAAUCCUGAAAGUUUGAAUGUACAAAGAUUCAAGUACAGUUUAUUUUCUACUUUAAAAGAAAAUUAAAAGAACUACACUGUCUUUAUGGGUUUUCUCUUUACAAUAAAAGAUUAUACAAGUAAUUUUAAAAAUAAGAAAAGCAAAAUAGAAUUUUAGACCAGAAAAAAAAAAACCUGUCAUCAUGCAAUGGAGAAAUAUAAAUUUAAAUUUUCUGAGAAAUCGUUGAACGUCUAUAUUAUGAAAAAUAGCACUUUCUAAACAUUUAAAAUAUUUUUAUUGAACAAUGUGUUUGCCACAUAAUGUCAUUAUGAAGUCAUUAACUUUUAGGUAUUUUCUCAUUUUUAUAUAUUUUAAUUUAUAACUUCAGGCCAGGCACAGUGGUUCAUGCCUAUAAUCCCAACACUUAGGGAAGCCGAGGCGGAAGGAUCGCUUGAGGCCAGGAGUUUGAGACCAGCCUAGGCAACAUAGUGAGAACCCCAUCUUUACAAAAACUAAAAACAAAUUAGCUGGUUGUGGUGGUGCACACAUAUAGUUUCAACUACUUGGGUGACUGAGGCCAGAGAAUCAUUUGAGCCUAGGAGGUUGAGGCUGCAGUGAGCCAUGAUUGCACCACUGUCUGUCUUAUUAUUAUAUAACAUUAUUAUAUACUUACUAUAUACCAUUUUUUUUUAAUCCUGUAACUGCCCAAUUUUCCCAAUUUCAAAUAUACAGAAUAUGAAAUGUUAAAAGUAGGUGGCUUUUCUGUUACUUAAAGAAUCCUUAUCAAUUACAGUAUUGGCAUCUUUCUUAAAUUUCUCCUAGGUCUAUGAGUUUUUCCCCCUGUUUCUUUUAAAUUCUUUUUAAUGCUGUCCUUAGAACUCUGCUAUCCUUUGAGAACAUUGUCUGGAGAUGGCUUUAAAGGACCGUAAAUGCCAACUACUUUAUGAUGACUUCCCAUUUAUAUCUUCAGCCCUUAAUCUAUACCAUGCUCUAAACUCACAUAUCCAACUGCUAUUUGUCUUCACUAAACUUUUAAUAAGGACCUUUAAACAUACCAUGUAUGAAGCCAAAUUCUUGAUUCCCAUCCCUCAACUUCCCGUACCCCGACUAAAAUAGCCUUAUACCUCUCUUGGUGGUUAUAGGAUUAAUUAAAGAAGGUUUUUGUUGUUGUUUUCUCACAUUAUCAGUGUGUAGCCUUUUAACCUUAGACUUAUCCCCAUGGCCACAAGAUGGCUACGGGGUCUCCAAGUAUUGUAUCCUCACAUUAUAAUGCAUAGUGACAAGCCUGUGAAAGUGAUCUCUGGUGUGUGUGUGUGUGUGUGUGUGUGUGUGUGUGUGUGUGUGUGGUUUUUUGUUUGUUUUUAAGAAUCAGGAAUAUUUUCCCAGAGGCUCUCCUAUAAGCUUCCAUACAUGUCUCACCCAGAUUGUUUAUGUCUCCAGUAGGGUCUACCAUGAUGAUAAUAGACAAACACAUUUGAAAGAAACUGAUGGAUUUAACCAGGUUAUUUAUGUGGAAUCUUCAUUGCAGUGAAAUUUCAUUUCUGUGACUUGGAAUAUUUAUUAAAUAAUUACUAUUGUAUUUGUAUUAAAGAAUAGUGAUAUUUACCAUUUAUGUAUACAGAGCUGCUCAAUUUAAAACCAUAUCCACUUGAGUAUAUGUGUGUUUAUCUGUACACUUACAUAUAUAAAAGAAAAACAAAAUGUAAACAUCAUUUCAAGAAGUUGAAUUAAAUCACUUUUAAUUUCUCUUCCAAUUCCAAUAGUCAGUAUAUCUAAAAAUCAAAGAUUCAAAGAUCAAAAUGCUUUGUAUUUGUAAGAAUAUGGCCUGCUUUUUUUUUUUAAGGAACUAUAUGCCUAAAAAGGUCAAGUCAAUUUAAUAAACUAUAUUUGUCUAAUUUCUGUGGUAAUUAGACAAAAUGUAUAUAAUUGUUUAUAUACCUUUGUUUUAAGCAACUAGCACAGUGCCUGACACAUGCUCAAUCAGGGAGGAAUGGAUAGAUAGAUGGCUUGUAUAGCUUGCUGGAGAUCUGUUUUCAAGUAAGAUAUUUUAAAAUUUCAUUGUAUAAAAUAAUUUUGUUCUUAGGUGUUAUAGCUUAAAUUAUGAAAUAUUGGGAAAUAUUUUAUAAUUACAGAGUAAUUAAUAGGUCAUAGAAACCAUUGGCUAAAUGAAUGCAUUUUCAGGCAAGCUUUGUAAUUGAUUUGAUACUUGCCAAGUAGUCUGUUUUGUGAAUCAUUUAAGUACGUAUCAGUGGUGGUUUUCAUUAUGGUAACAGUUCAAAACAAUCUUAAACAUUUAAUCAUUCUUUAAUAAAAGCGAAGUAGUAGCUAAGAGAUACAACCAGUAAAUUUAAGGUGUGGAAAUAGUGAAAAUAGGGAUGUUAUUUUUUAUACUGAUUAUAAAGUGCCACUAUUGAGGAAAUUUUUUGUGUGGAAUUUUCUAAAAUAGCAUUUUAAAUUUUUCUUGAAGCAAAUUCAACUUCUUUUUCAUCCAUGAAAAAUUAAUGUGCCAUAGGAGAUGUGUUACUUAGAUGUCUAAUGAGCUAUUAAGUUCCAAUAAAACUGCGAAGAUUAAUGAGUUCACUCUGGGGAAAAUAACAUUCAAUUUGAAAUAAGGAUAUUUGAGGCAACGUAAUCUGUUCACUUGGUAGUAAAGUUUUAGAAAUUCACUUUCUACACAUAAGUUUAUUUCCAAACUAUAUAGUCAUUGAUGUUGAGUUUACAUUGAAAGACGAGUAUAAGUUACAUUGAGAAGUAUUUGUUUUAAAGAUUCACAAUACUCAUUUUUGGGCAUGAGGAAGUGUAUACUUGAUGUCAUAACCCAACUCUGUAGCAUAUUAAUCAUAAAAAUAUUGUGCUUAUAUAUUGUCAUGAUUCACUUAUCUUUAUCACCUCACCUUUCUCAGUAUCUGGCACACAAUCAUUGUUCAAUAAAUUUUUGUAGGAGGAAGAAAGGAAGGAUUCCAGGAAUGGAAGUGACUUCAAGAGUUAAUAUCAUCUUAAAAAGAUAAAAUGUCUAAUAUAUAUUCCAAACUCUUCUAAUAUGAGAACAGUACAACAAAGGCUAUGAGUGGGUUACCAAAAAAAAAAAAAAGGUGUGAAUUGCCAUAUAUUUUCACUUUGUUUUGACGGUUUUUUUGUUUUUGUUUUGUUUUUGUUUUUUUGAGACGGAGUUUCGCUCUUGUUACCCAGGCUGGAGUGCAAUGGUACGAUCUCGGCUCACUGCAACCUCUGCCUCCUGGGUUCAAGCAAUUCUCCUGCCUCAGCCUCCUGAGUAGCUGGGAUUACAGGCACGCGCCACCAUGCCCAGAUAAUUUUUUGUAUUUUUAGUAGAGACGGGGUUUCACCAUGUUGACCAGGUUGAUCUCGAUCUCUUGACCUCGUGAUCUACCCGCCUCGUCCUCCCAAAGUGCUGGGAUUACAGGCUUGAGCCACGGCGCCUGGCCUGUUUUGACAUUUUUUUUUAAAUUUUUAAUUUUUUAUUGUGUUUUAGGAUUUGGGGUACAUGUGCAGAACAUGUAAGAUAGUUGCAUAGGUACACACAUCGCAGUGUGUUUUGCUGCCUUCCGCCCCUUCACCCACAUUUGACAUUUCUCCCAGUGCUAUCCCUCUCCAGCUCCCCCCACCGCUGCCCCUCCCCUAUUCCCCCAAAUAGACCCCAGUGUGUAGUACUGCCUUCCCUGUGUCCAUGUGUUCUCAUUGUUUAUCACCCGCCUAUGAGUGAGAAUAUGCGGUGUUUCAUUUUCUGUUCUUGUGUCAGUUUGCUGAGAAUGAUGUUCUCCAGAUUCAUCCAUGUCCCUACAAAGGACACGGACUCAUCAUUUUUGAUUGCUGCAUAAUAUUCCAUGGUGUAUAUAUGCCACAUUUUCCCAGACCAGUCUAUCAUCGAUGGGCAUUUGGGUUGGUUCCAGGUCUUUGCUAUAGUAAACAGUGCUGCAGUGAACAUUCUUGUGCAUGUGUCCUUAUAGUAGAAUGAUUUAUAGUCCUUUGGAUAUAUACCCAGUAAUGGGAUUGCUGGGUCAAAUGGAAUUUCUAUUUCUAGGUCCUUGAGGACUCACCACACUGUCUUCCACAAUGGUUGAACUAAUUUACACUCCCACCAUCAGUGUGAAAGUGUUCCUAUUUCUCCACAUCCUCUCCAGCAUCUGUUGUCUCCAGAUUUUUUAAUAAUCGCCAUUCUAACUGGAAUGAGAUGGUAUCUCAAUGUGGUUUUGAUUUGCAUCUCUCUAAUGACCAGUGAUGAUGAGCAUUUUUUCAUAUGUUUGUUGGCCUCAUGUAUGUCUUCUUUUGUAAAGUGUCUGUUCAUAUCCUUUGCCCACUUUUGGAUGGGUUUUUUUGUUUUUUUCUUGUAAAUCUGUUUUAGUUCUUUGUAAAUUCUGGAUAUCAGCCCUUUGUCAGAUGGGUAAAUUGCAAAAAUUUUUUCCCAUUCUGUUUGUUGCCGAUUCACUCUAGUGACUGUUUCUUUUGCCAUGCAGAAGCUGUGGAGUUUGAUUAGGUCCCAUUUGUCUAUUUUGGCUUUUGUUGCCAAUGCUUUUGGUGUUUUGAUCAUGAAGUCCUUGCCUACUCCUAUGUCCUGAAUGGUGUUGCCUAGAGUUUCUUCUAGGGUUUGUAUGGUGCCAGGUCUUAUGUUUAAGUCUUUAAUCCAUCUGGAUUUAAUUUUAGUGUAAGGUCUCAGGAAGGGGUCCAGUUUCUGCUUUCUGCACAUGGCUAGCCAGUUUUCCCAACACCAUUUAUUAAACAGGGAGUCCUUUCCCCAUUGCUUGUUUUUGUCAGGUUUAUCAAAGAUUGUAUGGUUGUAGAUAUGCUGUGUUGCCUCUGAUGUUUCUCUUCUGUUCCGUUGGUCUAUAUCUCUGUUUUGGCACCAGUACCAUGCUGUUUUGAUUACUAUAGCCUUGUAGUAUAGUUUGAAGUCCAGUAAUGUGAUGCCUCCUGCUGUGUUCUUUUUGCUUAGGAUUGACUUGGCUCUGCUGGCUCUUUUGGUUCCAUAUGAAGUUCAAAGUGGUUUUUUCCAGUUCUGUGAAGAAAGUCAGUGGUAGCUUGAUGGGGAUAGUGUUGAAUUUGUAAAUUACUUUGGGCAGUAUAGCCAUUUUCCUGAUAUUGAUUCUUCCUAACCAUGAACAUGGAGUCACAACAUACAAGAAUCUCUGGGACACAUUUAAAGCAGUCUCCAGAGGAAAAUAUAUAGCAAUAAGUUGCCAUAUGAGAAGAGUGGAGAGAUCCAAAAUUGACACCCUGUCAUCAAAAUUGAAAGAGCUAGAGGAGCAAGAUCAAAAACACUCAAAACCUAGCAGAAGACAAGAAAUAACUAAGAUCAGAGCAGAACUGAAGGAGAUAGACAUGAAAAAACCUGCAAAAAAUCAAUAAAUCCAAGAGCUGAUUUUUUGAAAAGAUCAACAAAAUAGACCACAAGCCAGACUGAUAAAAAAGAAAAGAGAGAACAACCAAAUAGAUGCAAUAAAAAAUGAUAAAGGGGAAAUCACCACAGAUUUCACAGAAAUUCAAACCAUCAUCAUAGAAUAUUAUAAACAACUCUAUGCACGUAAACUAGUCGACCUGGAAGAAAUGGAUAAAUUCCUGGACUCCUGUGUCCUCCCAAGCCUAAACCAGGAGGAAGCUGAAACUAUGAAUAGACCAAUAACAAGGUCAGAAGUCAAGGCAGCAAUUAAAAGCCUACCACACAAAAAAAGCCCAGGUCCAGAUGGGUUCACAGGCGAAUUCUACCAGACACACAAAGAGGAACUCUUACCAUUCCUUCUGAAACUAUUCCAAAUAAUCCAAAAAGAGGGAAUCCUUCCCAAUUCAUUUUAUGAGACCAACAUCAUCCUGAUACCAAAACCUGGCAGAGACUCAACAAGAAAAGAAAACUUCAGGCCAAUAUCCAUGAUGAACAUAGAUGCAAAAAUCUUCAAGAAAGUAUUGGCAAGUCGAUUGCAACAGCACAUCAAAAAGCUUAUCCAUCAUGAUCAAGUAAGCUUCAUCCCGGGGAUGCAAGGCUGGUUCAACAUAAGCAGGUCUAUAAACGUAAUUCACCACAGAAACAGAACCAAAAACAAAAACCACAUGAUUAUCUCAAUUGAUGCAGAGAAGGCCUUUGACAAAAUUCAACAGCCCUUUAUGCUAAAAACCCUCAAUAAACUCAGUAUUGAUGGAACGUAUCUCAAAAUAAUAAAAGCUAUUUAUGACAAACCAACAGCCAAUAUCAUACUGAAUAAGCAAAAACUGGAAGCAUUCCCUUUGAAAUCUGGCACUAGACAUGGAUGCCCUCUCUCACCACCUCUAUUCAAUAUAGUACUGGAAGUUCUAGCCAGAGCAAUCAGGCAAGAAAAAGAAAUAAAUGGUAUUCAAAUAGGAAAGGAGGAAGCCAAAUUGUCUCUAUUUGCAGACAACAUGAUAGUAUACCUAGAAGACCCCAUCAGCUCAGCCCAAAAACUCCUGAAACUGAUAAGCAACUUCAGCAAAGUCUCAGGAUAUAAAAUCAAUGUGCAAAAAUCACAAGCAUUCCUCUACACCAAUAACAGGCUUAACAAGAGCCAAAUCAAGAACGAACUGCCAUUCACAAUUGCUACAAAGAGAAUAAAAUACCUAGGAAUACAACUUACAAGGAACGUAAGGGACCUCUUCAAGGAAAGCUACAAACCACUGUUUUGACAUUUUAGACUUAAUUCAGUUAGUCCUGGAUCAAAUAAUGCUCAUAUGGAAAAAUUUCUUAAGCACCUCUUUUUUCCUUAUAUAAUAGACAUUAUUUUGAAACCCCUGAUUAAACUUUGAGAUAAAAUGCUGGUAUUAAUACGGACAUCUACCUCCCAAAGAAACCAUGGCUGAAGAAAUAGAAACUGAUUAUAUUACAUUUUACCAUAUUACAGUUGAAUCAUUCUCUAAUGGUUCUUAAAAUGCAUGAAUUUAAAAACAUGACAGUGAAUUUCAUGUGUUAGACAUCACUCAGUGUUACUGAAUGACUUUAUGAUUCUACGAGCUGGCAGUGAAUACUCAUUUAUAGUGUAGAGUCUGUCAUGAACUGUCCAUAUCAUGGAAAUGCUGAACCCCGUUUUCCGUAACUCUGCCUUUCCAUAUUAUUUUGGCAGGUAGCUUUAUAGUAUUUGAAAUCAAAUGUACUUCUAAAUCAUCUAACAAAAAUUAGACGUUUCUCUGUUUUUAUUUUUUGUUGAGACAACUUUAGAAGAAUUGUAAAAGUAGUAUGGAGUGUUCUGAUAUACCUUUUACCCAUCUCCUCAGGUUAACAUCUUACAUAAGCAUAGAACAAUUCUCAAACCUAAGGAAUUAAUCUUAAUAUGAUACUGUCAAAUAAACUAUAGAACUUAUUUGUAUUUUACCAGUUUUGCCACCAGUAUUCUUUUUCUGGACCAAGAUUCAAUCUAGGUUCUCCUGUUUCAUUUUGUCAGUAUGUCUCCUCAGUCUCUUCCAGUCUGUGGCAAUUCUUUACUUUUUCCUUGCCUUUCAUGAUCUUGAUACUUUUGAAGAGUACUAUAGAGUUAUUUUGUAGAAUGUCCCACUAUUUGAGUUUGCUUAAUAUUUUCUCAUGAUUAGAUUGAGUUUGUGCCUUAAUGGGAAAGCUACAAUAGAUCAUAGGUGAUGUCGCUUCUCUGUGAAUCACAUCAGGGGAACAUGAUUUCACUAUAUAUACUAUACAUUACUAGUGAUGUCAGCCUUGGUCGAUCAGUCAAGGUAGUAUUUGACAGUUUUCUUCACUAUGAAGUUACUUUUUUUAUUUUGCCUCAACAAAGCAGUUUUAAAUUAUUUGAGUUUGGAAGAUAGUUUGGGGAGUUGUCGGAUUUUUAAGUUACUAAGCAGUUUUAAAAGUCUGGUGAAAUUGACUUCAUAUUUUUGUCAAUCUUGUGGUAUUUUCAUUCAUACAAUGGGGAUUUAAAUAAGAUAUCUUAGGACUCUGUCACCUUUCAUACUCUAUGACUUGGUAUCUCUAAGGAGAAGUAUAACACAAUACGAGAGAUGUCCCCUUUAUAUCAAAGCGGCUUACAGAUUAGCCUGAAGUCCAUCUUUGAAUUUGAUUGGCUUUUGAAAUGAAUGCUUUUACACUAUUCUGCUUAACAAGGGUAUUGUACAUUGAAGACAUCUUAUAUUAAAAUAGUUUUUGAAUUUCCUAACUGAAAAUCUAUUAUCUAGACAUUUUAUUAUUUAGAUACUAAGUUGUUUCUUAGUCUCAAAAUUGUCAGUUUAUCUGGCCUCAGAAGUAAUAAUAUUGAAAGAUUUUUAAGUAUUGAAAUAUUUAAAUCAGGCUAUUUUAUAUCUUAAUGCAAAUUCAAGUUUUCACUCUGAAUCUUAUGAACUUGAGUUAGUGAAAUCAAGUUCUUAUGUAAGUAAUACUAUUUUCCUUCAGAGAAUUUGUGUUAUCUUUCAUUUUUUGAAUAUCUCUUCUUAUUAUAGAGUGACAUUAAGAUAGUUAUAAUGCCAUUUAUAUAAAUUCUAUUUGUUUUUAGUUUUUGACAGUGAUAUGAUCUGAAACUAUUUUUUUUUAAGUUCUGGGGUACAGUAUGUACAGGUUUAUUAUAUAUGAAAAUGUGUGCCAUGGUUUGCUUAGAACAUCAAGACUCAGCAAAGGAAAUAUAAAAUAUACUUAAAAUCUUUUAUACUAAAAAUAUAAAAAAUGUAUUUUUAAUAUUUUCUACUGCUUUUUAUUGUGAUGUCAGUUAAAAUGGCCAAAGAUGAUAAUUAGUAUUUUUUUAGUUUUUUUCUGAAAGAAAAAAAUAUAUAUUUAAUACCUAUGAAAUGAUAAUUUUCUUAAUUUUCAAAGAAAAUAUUCAAACCAAUCAUAAUAGAGACAAUUACCACAAUAGAAAAGUGGGCAAAAAUUAGGAAAACUACAUUCUUGACUAUAUCAAUGUGGGUAUCUUGGUUACGAUGUUACACUACAGUUAUGCAAGAUCUUACCAUUGGGGGAAACAGAGUAAAAGGUAUAAGGGAUUGCUGUAUUAUUUCUUACAACUUCAUGUGAACUACAAUGAUCUCAAAAUUAAAAGUUAAAUUUAAUUUUUGAAAGUGCAGAAAACUGGCCAGGUGUGGUGCCUUACACCUGUAAUUGCAGCACUUUGGGAGGCCAGUGUGGGCAGAUCAUGAGGUCAGGAGUUCGAGACCAGCCUGGCCGAUAUGGUGAAAUCACAUCUCUACUAAAAAAUACAAAAAUUAGCUGGGUAUGGUGUUGUACACUUGUAAUCCUAGCUACUCAGGAGGCUGAGGCAGGAGAAUCAGCCUGGGUGACAGAGCAAGACGUCAUUCAAAAAGAAAAAUACAGAAAAUUUAGGAAAGGCAAUUUAUAGAAAGAAAAAAAUUCUAAUACCUAAUAAACAGAUGAAAAUAUAUUUAUUUUUAUUCAAAAUGCAAAUAAAAAGGGAAUAAGAAGCCUCACAAGUAGUUGGGAUUACAGGUGCAUGCCAACACACUUGGCUAAUUUUUGUAUUUUAAGUAGAAACAGGCUUUCACCAUGUUGGCCAGGAUGGUUUUGAUCUCUUGACCUCGUGAUCCACCUGCCUCAGCCUCCCAAAAUGCUGGGAUUACAGGCAUGAGCCACCACACCAGGAUGAUUUUUUUUUUUUUUUUAAAUAAUGGCAGGAUAGAAGUUAGUUUUGGUAAAAUUUAAUUUUAGAGUCUGACUAAGCAAAAAAAUGUUUUUCUCUCAAUAGUUUUAAGUUUCAUAUAAUGAGCUGAAUGUUGUAUUAAAAUUUUCAUUGUCCAGUGAGAAGGAUAAACAAAAUGCUGUCAUGUGUUAUUAAGGAAAGCAUUGCUUUCACAAUGGCCAAUCUUAAACAAUUCAUGGUUAUUGUUUAUAUUAAUGAAUAAGUAAUGUUGUGCUGUAUAUACUUUUUUCCAUGUGUAUGACAAACUUAGUUAUUGCUGAGUAAUUUCUAGUCAUUUAUGUCUGAAAAUUUUAAUGGGCCAAUCAUUGAUUUUUAUUCAAUCUGAAAAUCUCCUGAGUAUGGAACUGUAAUUUGACUAGUGAUCUUGCCUCUCUUGAACAUUUUUAGAUAUUAUUUUGGCCUCAUUUUAAUUCAGUAGAUUUUUUUAAUUUCUGGGAAUUUAAACUUGUGUGCAUAUUUAGGUAUAAAGUAAAACAACCUAAAUUUAGAAAUAUCGUUUCUCAUUAAGUACCUAUUUGUAACGUAUAAGCUUAGGUGUACCAUCUUUAAAUAUUGGCUCUUUUUGAUUUUUUAAAUGCUACAUUUAAUGCAUAAGAGAUGAUUUAUGUAAAAAUAUUUUCUGAAGACCCCUUUAAAUAUCAUGUCUUAGUACACCAUAAACUUUUAAUUAGUAUAUAUUGGACAUGUGUUGUUUUCAUUUGAAAAUAUAUUUGUGUUGGCCCAUUAUGGAAUUUGAGGGGGCUUUCUGGUUUUUUUCUAUAAUCACUGCUGACUGUCUACUAUUUUAUCAACCGAAACACUUCAAAAGCAGGUAAUAACUUUGAAAUAAAAAAUACAUAAAUGAAGGAAAGUUACCAAUGUGGGAGCCUGUAGUAUAGAUUUCUAGCAUUAUACUUCCAUGCAUAUUCCCAAAUAUUAUUAGUUUACUACAGAAGGAAAAUUUUAUGUCAUCAAGACUGAGUUUGUCAGUUAUCAAACAUACUCAUCAUAAGAGAAUUCACCUGUAAGAAAAGGCUAUUACAGUAUUCUUAGCCCCUUCAGAUUAGCACCAUAUCUUAAAUAUGUCUCUCUCUCUCUCUCUCUCUCUCUCUCUCUCUCUCUCUGUGUGUGUGUGUGUGUGUGUGUGUGUGUGUGUGUGUGUGUGUGUGUAUGGGGGAGAGAGAAAGAGAGAACCGGAGUCUUGCACUGUCACCCAGGCUGGAAUGCAGAGUGGUGGCUUGAUCCCGGCUCUCUGCAACCUCUACCUCCCGGGUUCAAGUGAUUCUCACGCCUUAGCCUCCCGAGUAGCUAGGACUGCAGGCAUGAGCCACCACACCUGGCUAAUUUUUUUGUUUUUUUAGUGGAGACAGUGUUUCCAUACUGGCCAGCCUGUCUCAAAUGCCUGGCCUCAAGUGAUCCACCCAGCUUGGACUCCUAAAGUGCUGGGAUUACAGGCCUGAGCCACCACACCUGGCCAGAUAUGUCUUAAACACCUAAAAAUUUCCAUUAUAAAAGUUCUAGCUUUUCAUGUUUAUGGAAUAUGUAAAUUUAUAGAAUUGGGAUUGUGCCCAUUAAGAGUCUACCCUAACUCAUUCUUAUCAUCCAUCAUUUAUUUCCUUUCCUUAUCCUAUUUUGCCACUUCCACUUUUCACACUGAUCUUUAUUGCCUUUAGUGUAAAUAUUCACUCUUCAGAUGGCUAUGCCAAUCCUUAGGGCCUUUUUUCCCAGAUCAGAGGGAGCUCCUCUUGAUCCUAAGUCAUACAUGAGAAAUUCAUUCUUUCUCUGGGGGGCGGGGCAGGGGAGGAGUUUCACUUUUACCGCCCAGGCUGGAGUGCAGUGGCGAGACCUCAGGUCACUGCAACCUCUGCUUCCCGAGUUCAAGUGAUUCUUCUGCCUUAGCCUCCUAAGUAGCUGGGUUUACAGGCGCCCACCACCACUGACUCAUUUCUUUGCUACCAAAAGCUGCCACAAAGAAGUAAAAAGUGACAGAAGAUGCUAAAAACUUUACUCGAUCUGCUCCUUAAUCAUGUAGAGAGAAGUGGUUACUCAAGAAAAAAAAUAGUUAUUUAUGUAUUCUCAUACAUGAAAUUAGAUAUUUGUUACUGUCCUUUUUCUAUCUUAUUUGCUAUUAAAAAUGAAGAAUGUGGUGUUGUAGUAUUUAAUAAAGGGAGAUUUCUUUGAUUAACUAUCUUUGAAUCACUAAAUAGAGAAAAAAGGUAAGGUUUUAAACAGCUCUAUUCUACUUAAUGAUAUAUGUGUUUGAGCUGAGUUUACUAAGAACACCGCAAGUUACUUUAAUUUUAUAAUAUAGCCUUAGAAUUUCUAAUUAAAUAUGUAACUUGUGUCAUAAGAAAAAAAUUCUUAUGCUUUUUACAGUAAAUUUAAUUAACCAUUUCUUGUAAGUUCAUUUCAGUAUCUAUCAUGGCUCACUAAAGUUGGAAUUCAGUUGUAAAAUGGUAUAUUAAUUGCCUUUUGUAUUAAGUGAAAUAAGAAUCUCAAAUAUGCAAAGUCAGGAGAUUUAAUUGUGGUCUUCAAUUGCUUAUUCAAUGCAUUGGAAAACUGAAUGCAGAAGUAUCGAAAAAAAGGCCACAGGUUGUUAAAUGUAGCACAUCCACACAUUUUGCACUUUACUUAAUGAUCCAAGUGUUUAUUACUAUGAAGUAAAUGCACCAUUUAAAGAAUUAUGGUGGAAUUGUAAAACGUUAAAAACUCUAAUUAAUUUCAGUCUGAAGCAUGCAGUGUGCUCAUUUUGCCUAGAACAUUUUCAUUAUCGUCAGUAUUUUUCAGUUAUUAAGAUAAAUUUUUUCUUCAUUGUGCAGCACUAGCAUAUUUUCUGUUUUAAAAACACAGUUUUAUGUGCUGUUGAGACUUAUAUAUCUAGCAUGUUUUUAGAUGAAUGAAAGAUUGUAGUUUUUGACCACAGAUUGAAACGAUGUAGUAUAUUUGCUUUUCUACACUUGUUCCAUAGCUACCAACAGUUAGAACAGGUUGAGUGUGUCCACAUGUUUUUUUCCUAAAGGCUAUAUAUAUACUUAUAUUUUUAAAAGAACCAUUAUUAAGGUAUAGAGAUAAUACUGACUUAAUUUGGAUCCAGCUAUAAUAACUGUUCCCUUCUCUGAUUAGGAACGUGAAUAUUUAAAAUCUAAAGAAAAUAUCAUAAGAAUAUAGAAACAUUUUAAGUGAGUGCCUGUCUGUGCCUUCUCACUUCAUUUUACUGUUGCACCACCAUGUAUGUUUGCUUGAUGUGAAUAACAUACUUGGUAAAAUAAAAAUAACUGACAUCUUCUUUUUGUAAUCAUAGUGUCUUGUAACUUUUACUUAUUUCUGGAAAUAGUGUGUUCAUAUGGCCAAAUUAUAAAGAGACUUAGCAAACAAAAGCUCUGUUUUCUGAUUGCGAAAGUAAUCUAUACUCACAAUGGGAAAGCAAGAAAAUGUGGCAAAGCGCAGAUAAAAAAAUAAAAACAGUAUCACCAUUAUGAACAUUUUAGGUACUUAGGAAUUUGGAGUAGAACAGUGGAAAGCAAACUAUCAAUUAUAGCUGUAGCUUUCAGUGUAGAGGCUACAGGUGCCUUGCACCCCUUUCCUCAUAAAAUCUUUGCCAAUACAUUUUACUAACUUUAUUUGAAUUUAGGAAAAUUUCAUUAAGUAGCCAUUUUUAUUUUCUGUUUCUUUAGUCAUUUUACUUUGAAAUAACUUUAAAUAUAUAGAAAAGUUGCAAACAUAAUAUAGAAAUUUCCCAUUUGCCUUUUAUCCAGUUUCCUGUAGUGUUACCAUUUUAUAUAACCAUCGUACAAUUACUGAAACCAAGACAUUGACUUUGAGAAGCUACCACUAAGUACCCUAUGAACCGUUUCAGAUUUGACCAGUUUUCUCACUAAUGUUCAUUUUAUAGUCCAGGAUUCCUCAGUGCUUCAAUCAUCAUGUCCUCUUAGUCUCCUCCAAGCUGUGACAGCUCCAAGUCUUGUCAUUCAUGACCUUAAAAAAAAAUUUUUUUUUUUUGAGACGGAGUCUCCCUCUGUCACCAGGCUGGACUGCAGUGGCACAGCCUGGGCUCAGUGCAACCUCUGCCUUUUGGGUUCAAGCGGUUCUCCUGCCUCAGCCUCCCAAGUAGCUGGGUCUACAGGUGCAUACCAUCAUGCCCAAUUUUUGUAUUCUUGGUUGAGACUGAGUUUCACCAUGUUGGCUAGGAUGGUCUCAAUCUCUUGACCUCAUCAUCCUCCUGCCUUGGCCUCCCAAAGUGCUGUAAUUACAGGCAUGAGCCACCAUGCCCAGCUGACCUUGACACUUUUGAGGACUACUGUUCACUUGUUUUAUAGUGUUUAUCUGAUGUUUGCUCAUACUUAGAAUUAGGAAAGUUCCACACUGUUGGAAAAGGUGCCACAAACCAGAGGUGAUGUGUCCCUUUUAGUAUAUCAUUUCAGGGUAUUAAUAUAUAUUAUUGGGGAUAUUAACCUUGACCAUUUGGUUAAGGUGGUGUUUGCCAUGUUUCUCCAUUAUAAAUGUACUUACAUUAACAUCUAUAAAGAUAUAAAUAAGUAAUAGGGAGAGUUGCCCCUUUGUACAAUCCUUUUAUAUAAAGGAUUAUAAGAUUUUAAGAAAUCUUUUAAACUUGGCAGUCUACAAAGUAUAUAUAAAGUUAUUUGUAUUCAUAGAGUGUCAUUUGUAUUCAGUUAUUACCUGAGCGAUAUAAAUUCCAGAUGCUAAAAUAGUUGGCCAUCAACUCCUAAGAGGAAGGAAAAGAAUGGAUAGGUUUUAUUUAUUAGCAUCAAUGCUUUGAACUACGAUCUAGAACUAAGUCGCAUUUAUAAAUAAAGAAAAGCAGUGGGGCUCCUCUGUCACAAAUGGAUAGUGCAAGCUAACAUUUAAACAAAAUCUUGCAAGUUUUAUUUAGUGAUAAGAUAAACAUGGCAGUGUUUUUACUUAAUUUCGCUGUUAGAAUAACUCUUAGUCUCAUAUUGCCACCUGGAGUAUCAGGCCAUUAUUACAUGGUCCGUCUGUGCCUAGAAAUUACCAUUCUCACUGCAGCCUCUGUCAACGCAGAAAGAACAAAGCUAAGGCACCAAAUUUUGUUAUUUGAUAUUAUGGGUGUUACUGUUAAUUGAGUGCACAUUCUUGAAAUUCCACAUAUAACUAGCAGAUGUACAAGGUUGUUAGUCAAUGAGUGUUUUAGAGUAUGAAUUAACAAGUGUAAAUAUUAAGAGGUAAGCCUGUCUACUUUCCAGUAGCCUCAAAGGGUACAUUUUCUUCAUGACUGUUUCAGAACAUUGCAUGAAACAAAUGUCAAACUUAUCAGGGUUGUCACUAAGAAAAUGAUCCGUGUAGCUAGGGUCUUCUUUCAUUGGGAAACAAACAGAUGUCUUAUCUCAGCAGAGAGAAGAAAACUUCUGCUAUAUAUCAGAAGAAAUUUUUGCUUGCGGAUAGUAUCCAGUAGUAAAGAAAUGCUUUGGUUACCAUUUAAUAUUGAACACAAGAUGCACUUCAUUUCUGUGGAAGCAGACAUUAUGAUGUCACUUCAUCUAUUCACCAUGUUCCACAGGAACCUGCUUUGAAUUAUGAGGCCACCACUUAGAAUCGAAACUGUAGAAGAUUGAAGAUGAAAAUGAACCUGAAAGAAAAAAUAUAUCUCAGGAGCUCAGCAUGGAACAGAAAAACCCAAAGAAAUAAAAGAUUUUCUGUAGUGUUUUUGAAAUGUUUGCAGCUUAUGUAAUAACAGAUAAAAUUUCUAAUUGUAAAAUGUUAAAUUGUAAAGUCUAAUUUGCAAAAUGUUCUCAAUAAAGUCAUUCAAAAUGAAA